AUGACAGUGACUGCACCGGCCCUCCCAAUGGUAACCGUCGAGCCCGCGAUGCCGCGCGGCUCCGACGAGUACGAGCGCAAGCGAGCCGCGAUCCAGCAGCGCCUCGCCGACAGCAUUCCCGUCGCCCUGCGCUUGUCUCAAGAAGCCAUCUCCGCCGCGCCUAAGAAUGUCACCUCCGUCCCCCGCUCCUGCGGCCUGCUGACCCCGCGCGAGCUCUCCAUCACCGAGGACCACGACGCCGUUGGCCUGGCCGCCGCCCUCGCCGCGCGCACCUACACAGCCGUCGAGGUUGCCAUCGCCUUCUGCAAGCGCGCCGUCCUCGCCCACCAGCUCACCUGCUGCCUGACCGAGUUCUUCAUGGACGAGGCGCUCGCGCGCGCCGCCGAGCUCGACGCGCAUCUCGCCGCCACCGGCACCACCGUCGGCCCGCUCCACGGCGUGCCCGUCAGCGUCAAGGCGCACAUGCCGCUCGCCGGGCACCACGUCGACGUCGGCAGCAUCAGCUCGCAGCGGGCCGUGGAGGCCGACUCCCAGGCGAUAGCCAUCGUGCGGGCCGCCGGCGCCGUCUUCUUCUGCAAGACGAACCAGCCGCAGCUGGUCAUGCACCUCGAGUCCGCGUCGCACCACGGUCGCACGCUCAACCCGCACAACAUGGGGCUCACGGCGGGCGGGUCCAGCGGCGGCGAGGCGGCGCUGCUGGCGAUGAAGGGCGCGGCGCUGGGCAUCGGCAGCGAUAUCGGCGGCAGCAUCCGGGUGCCGGCGGCAUUCUGCGGCAUCUACGGGUUCAAGCCGACGAGCAACGUGCUGCCGAGGCGCGACGGGCUGCCGGGCGGCGCGACGGCGGCGGAGCUGACGGUGCCGGCGACGUGGGGCCCGAUGGCGCGCUCGCUUCGCGACAUGGACCUGCUCAUGGGCGUGUUCUCGGCGGCGCGCCCGUGGCGGGUCGAUCCGCGGCUGAGCGUCACACCGUGGACGGGCGUCGCCACGGCCUGGCCGCCCGGUGGUCGUCCGCUCAGGGUUGGCUUCAUGCUGCAUGACGGGGCCAUCCGACCGCAGCCACCCGUGGUGCGCGCACUGGAGUGGGCCGAGUCCCGACUGCGUGCCGCCGGCACCGAAGUCGAGGUCAAGCCGUUCGCGCCGCUGCGCACUGCCGAGGCCGUCCGAAACACGCGCCUCGCGUACUUCCCCUACGGCGUGGACGCGAUGCGGCGCGCCAUGGCCGAGUCCGGCGAGCCGCUCCUGCCGCUGUCCGAGUGGGUGGUGCGCGACGCGGAGGCGUCGCCGACGCCGACGACCGAGGGCCUGCUGGCGAUGAGCCGCGCCAAGGAGGCGUUCUGGUACGACUGGGCGGCGCACUGGGCGGCGCACGACGUGGACGUGCUGGUGUGCCCGGCGUUCUGCGGGCCGGCGGCGGCGCACGGCACGGCCAAGCACUGGAACUACAGCGUGCUGUUUAACUACCUGGACAUGCCGGCGGCGGUGCUCCCGACGCCGGUGGUGGCGGGCGCGAGGGGUGCGGAGCGGUACGCGGAGGGUGAGCCGCUGAGCGGGGAGUGCGAGGAGGUGCGCGGGUUCUGGGAAGGCGGCGACUUUGAGGGCGCGCCGGUGAACAUACAGGUGGUGGCGCCGAGACAGCACGACAGUGAGUUGUUUGCGGCGCUGAAGCUGCUGGGAAAGCAUUUGGAUGUGAAGCAGUAG